AUGAAUAAGUUUCUAAAGGAUAAGGAAAACAAAUAUUUUGAGGAAAAACAAAAAUAUAUUAGGGAAACCUUGAGUUAUCAUCUCAGUGAGAAUGUAAAGGAAAACGAAUAUGAAUAUAAAACUCGAAAUAAUGAACCUCUCGGAUUCUGUGAAUCAACUUCGACUCUCUGCUUUACACUCGAAGCUAUUUUCUUACAUGGAUUAAAAGAGUCAUUUUUGCAAAUUUUAUCGAAUUUUGGUAGCGAUGAAACUCAAAAGCCAAAUCCAACAUUUUGGAGCUUCGUGUCAAAAUUCUUGCACAAACAAGACAUUAAGGAUAUUCAGAGCUUGUCACAAUUGUCAACUGAAAUUGGCUAUUGCAGAGCAUUCAUUAGGAAAGCCUUCAAUGAGUCAUUAAUUAGUUCAUAUCUGCAGAAUAUUAGAAAAAGUCCAUCGACAUUAAAAAGUUAUUAUCAUCCUUACGCAUUCUUUUUCGAUGCAGAAUUAACUGACACAGCUGAAGGUUUAUUGAGAGGAAUCGAAAGUUAUGUUGUGUUUGACUUGCCAUGCAACUCCUCAUUAUUGAAUGUCUGGAAUGAUGCACCAUUACAACUUUCUGGGAUAUAUGCUGUGGCUCUUAAAAAUCUCCCAUUUCUAGUCGGAGAAGAUGUAGCAGGAUUAAUGAUAUCAACAACAUCACGAAAUAUAGACAUUCCACCACAAAGAUGUAGCGUCUUAUCGGAUAUAUACACAGCGUCCAUUUCAAAUUCUAUUUUUAGUGAUUCGCCUAAUUCAGUUUUAGGAUAUGGUGAAGAUGAAGGGAUUUCAAAAUUUUUAACUCGAACUGAUAGUGGUGAUGAUGCAACAGUUGAUGUGUCAGAGAGAAUGUGUGAAUCAGUGGAUGAAGAUGUAUUGACUGAAAAUAAUAAGAGCUUAACAUUGCCCAUUGAUGUUGAAAAAAUGCAGGAAAGUCAAGAUGAAGCAACACCUGAGAAUAUUAUUGGAAAUUCGUUAAUUAAUAAUCGAAGCUCUUGGUCUGAACCUGUUGCAACAAAAAGUGAUGCCAAAGAAGUUGAAGAGGAUAAUGCACAGGAUAAUGGACCUGCCGAAAUUGUCUAUAGACGAUCAGCCUUGUCGUAUUCAGCAAUUGAUAAUCACAGCUUUGAGUCAUUGUGGGAUGAGAAGCAGAGAAAGAGCUCUGAAAACUUUCGUGAUGUCUGGAAUAAAUUCCAGAAAACCAUUAAUAUCACCAAUAUCCAAAAACUCAACAUUCCAGAAGAAAAUGAAGAUUUUCCGGAUGAUUUUGAAGUUGUAAUGCCUCAAAAUUUAAAAAUGAACGAGCUUGAGCAUAUGGUUGAAGUACUUUGUAGAUUAUCGACAGAAUCAGGUCUUGAUCAACAGGGAUUUAUGUGUAAGGAAUGCAAAUCGCCACUAGUUGAUAUUUCCAAAGCAACGGUUUGUGCUUUCGAUGGACAUUAUUAUUGUUCUGCAUGUAUAUCAAAAGACAAAUAUGCCAUACCGUCUAAAAUAAUAUAUAAUUGGGACUUUACGCAAUACAAUGUAAGCAAAAAGGCUGCAGAUUUUAUUUCGAAUUACCAAUUCAAACCAUUUAUUGACUUUAAGAUUCUCAAUCCUGAUAUUUACUCAUAUAUUGAUGAAAUGAAUAAUCUACAAAAACUAAGAAUACAGCUUAACUUUAUUCGUGCUUAUAUAUUUACUUGCUCAGAAAGUACAAUUGGUGAAUUACAAAAACUUCUGUACGGCAAAGAAUACAUCUAUGAAUCUAUUCACCUUUAUUCCGUCUCCGAUCUCUAUUUAAUUAAUCAAAAUGGUGCACUACAAGAUAUGCUUAAUAGAGUCGUUACUUUUGGUCGAGAGCAUUGCUUAAAGUGCGUAUUAUGUAGCGUCAAAGGCUUUAUUUGUGAAUAUUGUCGACGAUCAAAGAUUAUUUAUCCAUUUGAUGUCGACGAGACAAUGAGAUGCAAUGCUUGUGGAACAAUAUCUCAUAUUAAUUGCUUUAAUCCAGCAAUACCUUGUCCGAAAUGUGAACGCAAAAGUAAACGAGUUUCGGCUCUAGAAACGCACGGAUAA